AUGCAAGGGAUCUGCAAAGGGGGAAUCCGUGCAAAGGAAUCCAGAUUAGCAGACUUUUGGGAAAGGGGAUGUACUAAAUGCGGCCGGCUGGACUUCAUCCUGGUGAAGAAAAUGGGGAUUAAAAGUGGAUUUACAUUUUGGAACCUCGUCUUUUUAUUGCUGGUUUCGUGUGUGAAAGGAUUUAUUUAUACCUGUGGUGGAACUUUAAAAGGACUUAAUGGCACUAUAGAAAGUCCGGGCUUUCCAUAUGGAUAUCCAAAUGGCGCAAACUGUACAUGGGUAAUAAUAGCAGAAGAACGAAACAGAAUACAGAUUGUCUUUCAGUCCUUUGCUCUAGAAGAGGAAUAUGAUUAUUUAUCACUAUAUGAUGGACAUCCCCAUCCUACAAACUUUAGAACAAGGUUAACAGGAUUUCAUCUUCCUCCACCUGUGACAAGUACAAAAUCUGUAUUUUCACUACGUUUGACAAGUGAUUUUGCAGUUAGUGCCCAUGGGUUUAAAGUAUUCUAUGAAGAAUUACAGAGCAGUUCUUGUGGCAAUCCAGGUGUUCCACCAAAGGGUAUCCUGUAUGGUACAAGAUUUGAUGUUGGUGAUAAAAUCCGAUACAGCUGUGUAACUGGUUACAUUUUGGAUGGACACCCCCAGCUUACUUGUAUAGCUAACUCAGUGAACACAGCAUCAUGGGAUUUCCCAGUUCCUAUCUGCCGAGCUGAAGAUGCAUGUGGAGGAACAAUGAGAGGAUCCAGUGGCAUCGUCUCCAGCCCCGGUUUCCCAAAUGAAUAUCAUAAUAAUGCAGACUGCACAUGGACCAUUGUGGCAGAGCCUGGAGAUACCAUUUCACUAAUAUUUACAGAUUUUCAAAUGGAAGAAAAGUAUGAUUACUUGGAAAUAGAAGGUUCCGAACCUCCAACAAUAUGGUUGUCUGGAAUGAACAUACCUCCUCCUAUUAUCAGCAACAAAAAUUGGCUCAGACUUCAUUUUGUAACAGACAGCAACCACCGAUACCGUGGAUUUAGCGCUCCCUAUCAAGGUUCUUCCACUUUGAACAAAACUGCCUCCACUGGUGAGUUAGAGGAGCGUAUUGCGACUUCUACUGGUGCUAUUACUGUUGCUAGAACAUCUGCUGAUGUUACUGUAUCCAGUGUUACUGAUGGCACCAACCAUAGACUUUCCGAAGAGCAGCGAGUGCAAGCUACGAAUAUCAGAAAAUCGAUUCUGGAACCCACCACUUUCAAUGAAGCGCUCUCCCUUCAUCAAGCAGACAUACAAAGUACAGGACGACGACCAAGAAAUGCUGAGCAGAUAGAAAGAACUAAAGAACUUGCAGUUGUUACUCAUAGAGUGAAAAAGGCCAUAGAUUUUAAAUCUAGAGGAUUUAAAUUGUUUCCAGGGAAAGACAACAGCAACAAGUUUUCUAUCUUAAAUGAGGGAGGUAUUAAACAGGCAUCCAAUUUGUGUCCAGAUCCUGGAGAACCAGAAAAUGGAAAACGCAUAGGCUCAGAUUUUAGCCUGGGAGCAACAAUACAGUUCUCCUGUGAUGAAGACUAUGUGCUUCAGGGUUCCAAAAGUAUCACUUGUCAGAGGAUAGCUGAAGUUUUUGCUGCAUGGAGUGAUCACAGACCUGUGUGUAAAGUAAAGACUUGUGGAUCUAACCUUCAGGGACCCAGUGGAACUUUCACAUCCCCCAAUUUUCCAUUCCAGUAUGACAGUAAUGCUCAGUGUGUCUGGGUCGUCACAGCCAUCAACAACAACAAGGUCAUCCAGAUAAAUUUUGAAGAAUUUGAUUUGGAAAUUGGCUAUGACACACUGACAAUUGGUGAUGGAGGAGAAGUGGGUGAUCCCAAAACUGUGCUGCAAGUGUUAACAGGAAGUUUUGUACCAGAUUUGAUUGUGAGCAUGAGCAGUCAAAUGUGGUUGCACCUUCAAACGGAUGAAAGCGUGGGCUCAAUUGGCUUCAAGGUUAACUACAAAGAAAUUGAAAAGGAGAGCUGUGGGGAUCCUGGAACACCGUUAUAUGGUAUCCGAGAAGGGGAUGGAUUUUCGAACCGGGAUGUUUUAAGGUUUGAGUGUCAGUUUGGAUUUGAACUAAUUGGAGAGAAAUCCAUUGUUUGUCAAGAGAACAACCAGUGGUCUGCAAACAUACCAAUUUGUAUUUUUCCUUGCCUUUCCAAUUUCACUGCACCAAUGGGAACAGUUCUUUCACCUGACUACCCAGAGGGAUAUGGAAAUAAUUUAAAUUGCAUCUGGACAAUAAUCUCAGACCCUGGGAGCCGGAUCCAUCUCUCUUUUAAUGACUUUGAUUUGGAAUCUCAGUUUGACUUUCUUGCAGUAAAAGAUGGUGACUCUCCAGAUUCUCCACUGCUUGGCACGUUCACUGGUGCUGAGGUUCCUUCCCAUCUUACCAGUAAUGGGCAUAUAUUACGCCUAGAAUUUCAAGCUGAUCACUCAAUGUCAGGACGUGGAUUUAACAUCAGUUAUAAUACAUUUGGACAUAAUGAGUGUCCUGAUCCUGGAGUACCAAUCAAUGCACGGCGUUUUGGUGACAACUUUCAAUUGGGGAGUUCAAUUUCUGUCAUUUGUGAAGAAGGAUUUAUUAAAACACAAGGAACUGAAACAAUUACUUGCAUACUGAUGGAUGGAAAAGUAAUGUGGAGUGGGCCUAUUCCUAAGUGUGGAGCUCCAUGUGGUGGGCAUUUUUCAUCUCCCAGUGGAGUAAUCCUCUCUCCAGGCUGGCCUGGCUACUAUAAAGACUCCUUGAAUUGUGAGUGGGUGAUUGAAGCUGAACCAGGACACUCUAUCAAAAUUACAUUUGAAAGAUUUCAGACAGAACUUAAUUAUGAUGUUUUGGAAGUUCAUGAUGGACCAAAUCUACUGUCACCACUUCUUGGGUCUUACAACGGUACACAAGUCCCACAGUUCUUGUUCAGUAGCAGCAAUUUCAUUUACCUUCUGUUUACAACAGACAACAGUCGUUCCAAUAAUGGAUUCAAGAUUCAUUAUGAAAGUGUCACUGUUAAUACUUAUUCCUGCUUGGAUCCUGGCAUACCAGUUCAUGGACGUCGUUACGGUCAUGACUUCUCUAUUGGUUCCACCGUUUCAUUUAGUUGUGAUCCAGGAUAUAGGCUGAGCCAUGAGGAGCCUUUGUUAUGUGAAAAAAAUCAUUGGUGGAGCCAUCCGCUUCCAACUUGUGAUGCGUUAUGUGGAGGAGAUGUUAGAGGACCCAGUGGAACAAUUUUAUCACCUGGUUAUCCUGAACUUUAUCCAAAUUCACUGAAUUGUACAUGGACUGUGGAUGUCACCCAUGGAAAAGGAGUGCAGUUUACCUUUUACACCUUUCAUUUGGAAGAUCAUCAUGACUACCUACUAAUCACAGAAAAUGGCAGUUUCACGCAGCCACUGGCACGUCUGACUGGCUCAGAUCUUCCUUCACCAAUCAAUGCUGGUCUCUAUGGAAAUUUCAGAGCUCAGUUGCGCUUUAUUUCAGAUUUUUCAAUAUCAUAUGAAGGAUUUAACAUUUCUUUCUCUGAAUAUAAUCUGGAGCCUUGUGAGGACCCUGGGAUUCCACAGUUUGGUAACAGAAUCGGAUUUAACUUUGGGGUGGGAGAUACUUUGACAUUCUCCUGUUCAUCUGGAUACCGUCUAGAAGGAGCUUCGGAGAUUAUAUGUCUUGGUGGUGGCCGACGUGUAUGGAGUGCACCUCUGCCAAGGUGUGUGGCUGAAUGUGGAGCCUCCACGACAAAUAACGAAGGAAUAUUGCUGUCUCCCAAUUAUCCACUCAACUAUGAAAACAACCAUGAAUGCAUUUAUAGUAUUCAGGUACAAGCAGGGAAAGGAAUCAAUAUUUCAGCCCGAACAUUUCACUUAGCACAAGGAGAUGUUCUUAAGAUAUACGAUGGAAGAGACAAUACUGCUCACCUGCUGGGUGCAUUUACUGGAGCAUCACUGAGAGGACUGACACUAAGUAGUACUUCAAAUCAUCUAUGGUUGGAAUUUAAUUCAGACACGGAGGGAACUGAUGAAGGUUUUCAGCUUGUUUACACCAGUUUUGAGCUUUCACAUUGUGAGGAUCCUGGUGUGCCACAAUUUGGAUACAAGAUAAGUGACCAAGGCCAUUUUGCUGGCAGCACCAUCAUCUAUGGAUGCAAUCCAGGUUACACACUCCAUGGAAGUAGCCUUCUAAAGUGUAUGACAGGGGAGAGAAGGGCAUGGGAUUAUCCUCUGCCAUCCUGUAUUGCUGAAUGUGGAGGCCGGUUUAAAGGAGAAUCAUCAGGAAGAAUCUUAUCUCCUGGUUAUCCAUUUCCUUAUGACAACAAUCUGCGUUGCAUGUGGAUGAUUGAAGUAGACCCAGGAAAUAUUGUCAGCCUCCAGUUUCUGGCUUUUGAUACUGAAGCGUCACAUGAUAUCCUCCGCGUUUGGGAUGGUCCACCUGAGAAUGAAAUGCUACUUAAGGAAAUUAGUGGUUCUCUAAUUCCAGAAGGCAUUCACAGCACACUCAACAUAGUGACCAUCCAAUUUGAUACAGACUUUUACAUCAGCAAAUCUGGGUUUGCCAUUCAGUUCUCAAGCUCUGUAGCCACUGCCUGUCGUGAUCCUGGUGUUCCUAUGAAUGGAACUCGGAAUGGAGAUGGAAGAGAACCUGGAGAUACUGUUAUUUUUCAGUGCGAUCCUGGAUAUGAGCUGCAAGGUGAUGAGAGAAUAACCUGCAUUCAGGUAGAAAAUCGAUACUUCUGGCAGCCCAACCCACCAGUCUGUAUAGCCCCCUGUGGAGGAAACUUGACAGGCUCAUCUGGCUUUAUUCUUUCACCAAACUUCCCUCAUCCCUAUCCUCACAGCAGAGACUGUGAUUGGACUAUCACAGUUAAUAAUGACUAUGUUAUAUCAUUAGCAUUUAUCAGUUUCAGUAUAGAACCAAAUUAUGACUUUCUCUAUAUCUAUGAUGGAGCAGACAGCAAUAGCCCCCUCAUUGGGAGUUUUCAAGAUAGUAAGCUGCCAGAGAGAAUAGAAAGCAGCUCCAACAACAUGCAUCUGGCUUUUCGGAGCGAUGGAUCCGUUAGCUUUACAGGUUUCCACCUGGAGUAUAAAGCAAAGCUACGUGAGUCCUGCUUUGAUCCUGGGAAUAUAAUGAAUGGCACGAGACUUGGAAUGGAUUAUAAAUUGGGGUCGACAGUUACUUAUUACUGUGAUGCAGGUUAUGUUCUUCAAGGAUAUUCUACACUGACCUGCAUUAUGGGAGAUGAUGGAAGGCCUGGAUGGAAUAGAGCACUACCCAGUUGCCAUGCACCAUGUGGGAGUCGGUCAACAGGCUCUGAAGGAACAGUGUUAUCACCAAACUACCCCAAAAACUAUAGUGUUGGUCACAACUGUGUUUACUCUAUUGCUGUUCCCAAGGAGUUUGUCGUGUUCGGCCAGUUUGUAUUUUUCCAGACAUUGCUCCAUGAUGUGGUUGAGGUAUAUGAUGGUCCAACUCAGCAAUCAUCUUUGUUAUCCUCCCUCUCAGGAUCUCAUUCAGGUGAAUCCCUUCCGUUGAGCUCUGGUAACCAGAUUACAGUUAGAUUUACUUCAGUUGGACCAGUAACAGCUAAAGGAUUUCAUUUUGUUUAUCAAGCUGUUCCAAGAACAAGUGCAACACAGUGCAGCUCUGUGCCUGAACCAAGAUUUGGAAAAAGGAUUGGAAAUGAAUUUGCUGUUGGUUCAUUAGUUCUUUUUGAGUGCAAUCCAGGAUAUAUCCUCCAUGGAUCCAUAGCAAUCAGAUGUGAUACAGUACCCAAUGCUUUGGCACAGUGGAAUGAUUCCCUACCUACAUGUAUUGUGCCCUGUGGUGGAAUUUUAACUAAGCGCAAAGGGACCAUUUUAUCUCCUGGUUACCCGGAGCCUUAUGACAACAAUCUGAAUUGUGUAUGGAAGAUCACAGUGCCAGAAGGAGCUGGGAUUCAAGUGCAGGUUGUAAGUUUUGCCACAGAACACAAUUGGGACUCCUUGGACUUUUAUGAUGGCGCCGACAACAAUGCUCCAAGGCUUGGAAGUUAUUCAGGAACUACAAUACCACCACUUCUCAACAGCACAUCUAACAAUUUGUACUUAAACUUUCAGUCUGACAUAAGUGUGUCAGCUGCUGGAUUUCAUCUUGAGUACACAGCUAUAGGUUUAGACUCUUGUCCUGAACCACAGACCCCUAGCAGUGGAAUUAAAAUUGGAGACAGAUACAUGGUUGGAGAUGUGGUAUCUUUCCAGUGUGAUCAAGGUUAUUCCCUUCAGGGACAUUCACAUAUCACCUGUAUGCCUGGACCAGUGAGAAGAUGGAAUUACCCUAUUCCCAUAUGUUUGGCACAAUGCGGCGGUGGUAUGUCAGACUUCAGUGGAGUGAUCCUUAGCCCUGGGUUUCCUGGCAACUAUCCCAGCAGUUUAGAUUGUACAUGGACAAUCAGGCUGCCUAUUGGCUUUGGAGUGCAUUUGCAGUUUGUAAAUUUUUCCACUGAGACAAUACACGAUUACUUAGAAGUAAGAAGUGGAUCUACUGAGACUAGUACUGUUAUUGGGAGACUUAGUGGUCCUCAGCUACCAUCUCCUCUGUUUAGUACCACCCAUGAAACCAGCUUAUAUUUUCACAGUGACUAUUCACAGAACAAACAAGGGUUUCAUAUUAUAUAUCAAGCUUACCAGUUACAAAGUUGUCCUGACCCCCGGCCAUUUCGAAAUGGUUUUGUGAUUGGGAAUGACUUUACUGUAGGACAAACUAUUUCAUUUGAAUGUUUCCCUGGAUACACCUUAAUUGGAAAUUCAGCACUGACUUGUCUACAUGGAAUCAGUCGUAACUGGAACCACCCUCUUCCUAGGUGUGAAGCUCUCUGCGGUGGAAACAUAACUGCAAUGAAUGGCACCAUAUACUCUCCCGGGUACCCUGAUGAAUAUCCCAACUUUCAAGACUGCUUUUGGCUUGUAAGAGUUCCACCUGGGAAUGGAAUCUACAUCAAUUUUACAGUUCUUCAAACAGAGCCAAUAUAUGAUUUCAUAACUGUCUGGGAUGGGCCAGACCAAACAUCUCCUCAGAUUGGACAGUUUAGUGGCAACACCGCUUUGGAAUCAGUCUACAGCACCUCGAAUCAGAUUCUAAUCAAGUUCCAUAGUGAUUUCACAACAAGUGGUUUCUUUGUACUUAGUUAUCAUGCUUACCAGCUUCGAGUGUGUCAGCCUCCACCAAGUAUACCAAAUGCUGAAAUUUUGACUGAGGAUGAUGAAUUUGAAAUAGGAGACAUAAUAAGGUACCAGUGUCAACCGGGGUUUACACUGGUUGGUAAUGAGAUUCUGACGUGUAGAUUGGGAGAAAGACUACAGAUGGAUGGAGCUCCACCAACUUGUCAAGUGCUUUGCCCUGCCAAUGAAAUGCGCCUAGAUUCAACAGGCAUCAUAUUGAGCCCUGGUUACCCUGACAGCUACCCAAACCUCCAGAUGUGUGCAUGGACCAUAACUGUGGAAAAGGGUUACAACAUCAGCAUGUUCUUUGAAUUCUUCCAGACAGAAAAGGAAUUUGAUAUACUUGAGGUGUUUGAUGGUCCAAAUAGUCACAGCCCAUUGCUUAUUUCCCUUAGUGGAGACUACUCAUCCACUCUCAAUAUAACCAGCAAUAGUCAUGAAGUGUUUCUUCGUUGGUCAGCAGAUCACGGCACAAACAAAAAGGGUUUCAGGAUAAGAUAUAUAGCUCUUUAUUGCAGUACUCCAGAGUCCCCUCCCCAUGGAUUCAUUGUCAGUCAGACAGGUGGACAGCUAAACAGUGUCGUUCGUUGGGCUUGUGAUCGAGGUUUUAGGCUUGUUGGGAAAAGUACUGCUGUGUGCAGGAAAUCUCCACAUGGAUAUUAUACAUGGGAUGUACCAGUUCCAGCUUGUCAAGCAAUAUCUUGUGGCAUUCCUAAAGCUCCAGUAAAUGGUGGAAUAUUAACUACAGAUUACUUAGUUGGCACCCGUGUUACUUACUUCUGCAAUGAUGGGUAUAGACUCUCAUCCAAGGAGCUUACUACUGCAGUCUGCCAGCCAGAUGGUACAUGGAGCAAUCAUAAUAAAACACCUCGUUGCGUAGUUGUUACUUGUCCAAGCAUCAACUCCUUCACGUUGGAGCAUGGGAGAUGGAGAAUAGUCAAUGGCUCACAUUAUGAGUACAAAACAAAAGUUGUUUUCAGCUGUGAUCCAGGCUAUUAUGGUUUGGGGCCAGCAUCCAUUGAGUGUCUUGCCAAUGGAACAUGGAGUUGGAGAAACGAGAGGCCUUACUGCCAAAUUAUAUCUUGUGGAGAACUACCUACCCCGCCAAAUGGAAAUAAGAUUGGAACUCAAAUCACAUAUGGAUCUACUGCUAUAUUUACAUGUGAUUCAGGCUAUAUGCUAGUUGGCUCUGCUGUAAGGGAAUGUCUCUCUUCUGGACUCUGGAGUGGGACCGAAACAAGAUGCUUAGCGGGCCACUGUGGUGUUCCAGAUAUCAUUGUCAACGGGCAAGUAAUUGGAGAAAAUUAUGGCUACAGAGACACAGUUGUAUACCAGUGCAACCCUGGUUUUCGGUUGAUUGGUUCUUCUGUACGUAUAUGUCAACAGGAUCAUAACUGGUCUGGUCAGCUUCCAUCUUGUGUGCCUGUUAGUUGUGGUCAUCCUGGUAGUCCAAUUUAUGGAAGAACGAGCGGAAAUGGUUUUAACUUCAAUGAUGUUGUGACAUUCUCUUGUAAUACUGGAUAUAUUAUGCAAGGGCCAACAAAAGCACAAUGUCAGGCUAAUAGACAAUGGAGUCAUCCACCCCCAAUAUGUAAAGUGGUCAACUGCUCAGAUCCUGGAAUCCCUGCUAAUUCCAUACGGGAAAGCAAAAUAGAACAUGGAAAUUUCACUUAUGGCACAGUGGUGUUUUAUGAUUGCAACCCAGGAUAUUUUUUAUUUGGAUCUUCAGUUCUAAUCUGCCAGCCAAAUGGUCACUGGGAUAAGCCUCUACCUGAAUGCAUUAUGAUUGACUGUGGCCAUCCUGGCAUUCCUCCUAACAUGGUCCUGUCUGGAGAUAAGUAUUCCUUUGGAUCUACUGUUCAUUAUACAUGCACCGGAAGACGAUCACUAGUAGGCCAGUCAUCUCGGACAUGUCAACUAAAUGGACAUUGGAGUGGGUCACUGCCUCAUUGCUCAGGUGACACAUCUGGUUCUUGUGGGGAUCCAGGAAUCCCAGGACAUGGUUCUAGAGAAGACAGUGAUUUUAAAAUUAAAAGUACUGUACGCUUCAGCUGUGAUAUUGGCUAUAUCCUGCAUGGUUCAGAAGAAAGAACAUGCUUAGCAAAUGGAACAUGGACAGGAAGACAGCCUGAGUGCAAAGCUGUGCAAUGCGGUAACCCAGGAACAACUGCUAAUGGGAAAGUGUUUCGUAUAGAUGGAACAACAUUUUCUAAUUCAGUAAUUUAUUCCUGCAUGGAAGGUUACAUACUUUCUGGAUCUUCUGUAAGACAGUGUAGUGCCAAUGGAACAUGGUCAGGAUCCUUGCCAAAUUGCACAAUAAUUAGCUGUGGAGAUCCAGGUAUACCACCCAAUGGAAUGAGAUAUGGCGAUGAUUAUGUUGUUGGACAAAAUGUUACUUAUAUGUGCCAGCCUGGCUAUAUAAUGGAAUCAAACAGCUCUAUCAUUCGCACUUGUACCAGUAAUGGCACAUGGAGUGGAACAGUCCCAACUUGUAAAGCUGUUACCUGCCCAACUCCUCCCCAGAUCUCUAAUGGCAGAUUGGAAGGAACAAACUUUGACUGGGGAUUUAGUAUUAGCUAUGUGUGCUCUCCCGGCUAUGAACUGUCUUUUCCUGCUGUUUUGACCUGUGUUGGAAAUGGAACUUGGAGUGGUGAGGUACCUCAAUGCUUACCAAAAUUUUGUGGUGACCCUGGUAUUCCUGCUCAAGGGAAAAGAGAAGGCAAGAGCUUCAUCUACCAGUCAGAAGUCUCUUUCAGCUGCCAUAUUCCUUUCAUUUUGGUUGGAUCCAGUACCAGGAUAUGCCAAGCAGAUGGGAGUUGGAGUGGUUCAUCACCUCGAUGUAUAGAACCUACCCGCACAGCUUGUGAAAAUCCAGGAGUGCCACGACAUGGAUCACAAAACAAUACAUUUGGCUAUCAAGUGGGAAAUGUUGUUCAGUUUCAGUGUAAAAAAGGACACCUUCUCCAUGGAUCCACAACCCGCACUUGCCUUCCUGACCUUACAUGGAGUGGGAUUCAACCAGAGUGUAUACCUCAUAACUGUAAACAGCCAGAAACGCCAUCUCAUGCUAACGUUGCAGGAAUGGAUCUUCCUUCCCUUGGUUAUACUUUGAUUUAUACCUGUCAGUCAGGCUUCUUCCUGGCAGGAGGAUCAGAGCACAGAGCCUGUAGGUCUGAUGGCACAUGGACUGGGAAAGUUCCAGUUUGUGAAGCUGGUUCAAAGAUAUUGGUGAAAGACCCUAGACCAGCUUUGGGAACACCAAGUCCCAAGUUAAGUGUUCCUGAUGAUGUAUUUGCCCAGAAUUACAUAUGGAAAGGGUCUUACAAUUAUAAAGGCAAGAAACAGCCCAUGACUUUGACAGUUACCAGUUUCAAUGCAUCAUCGGGCAGAGUAAAUGCCACACUUACCAACAGCAACAUGGAACUGCUGCUUUCAGGCUUGUAUAAAAGCCAGGAAGCCCGUCUGAUGCUCCAUAUAUAUCUCAUUAAAGCACCAUCUCAUACAACUGUGAGCAAAAUGAAAGAGGAAAAAUGGGCUAUGGAUGGUUUUGUGAGUACUGAACCAGAUGGAGCAACAUAUGUUUUCCAAGGAUUUAUACAGGGUAAAGAUUAUGGACAAUUUGGACUUCAAAGAUUAGGUCUUAAUGUGUCUGAAGGUUCAAAUUCUUCUAAUCAACCACAUGGUACAAAUAGUAGUUCUGUGGCCAUUGCUAUCCUUGUGCCUUUCUUUGCCCUUAUAUUUGCAGGUUUUGGGUUUUACCUUUAUAAGCAAAGGACUGCACCUAAAACACAGUAUACAGGCUGCUCUGUACAUGAAAAUAAUAACGGGCAAGCUGCUUUUGAAAACCCCAUGUAUGACACAAAUGCAAAGUCUGUAGAAGGGAAAGCUGUGCGAUUUGACCCCAACUUGAACACUGUUUGCACAAUGGUAUAAUGUGGUAAUGCUUUGUCUACAGAAGUUUGGAAAUUGAAACACAACACAGUGCACGCGUAGUUCACUGAUAAAAAUUUAAAGCACACUUUUCAGGAUAUAAUGGAUCACCUUUUCCUGAGGAUGAUAGACAAGAGUGUUUUUUUCAUAAA